GAGACGCUCAAAGACGAGCACUCAGUCAACCAAGCAAAGUUUACUGUAAGUGGCGCACAGACGACAGAGCGCUGCUCAGACACUCACUGCCUAGUACAGCAUCGCAACAACCAGGACCGCCAGCUGAAUGAAUCGCUAAAACUCUGCAAGAGAUCAUUUUUAUUAGAUCUCGAAAGCGAAAGAAAGUCACGUCCACAUACGGCAUUUGCAUACUUAAGGUAGGAAGCAGAGAGGGUAGCAAACAGAGAUGGAAUGCCAGGUCAGAAGUUGCCGCGGUGGGGAUCGAACCCCCUGCCCGUGUGGGGGAUUCACAUGUACUGCAGCCCACAGGUCAUACAGACACAGAUCGUGCGGAGUGAUCAAGAGCUGCUAGACCUUCCCAGAUCUCCCUGCCCUCCGUGCCCAGCACCCAGGAACUAUGCUUCUCCCCUGGGCACUCUCCUUGUCCACCGUGUUCCUGGUCCCUGCCUGUGGAACUCCCCCAUGUGCAGUACAUAACGGAAUCAGUGACACCAACACAUUGUAUGCGGCCUCUGCAUUAGAGUCCUUGCGUUGCCUCAAUGACUACCUGUCCCACAUACGCUGCAGCUGGACAGAGAGCAUGCAGAUGCACUCGCAGGCCCCGCUGUCACUCUACCACUGGAACAACGUUGAUAGAGAGUCACCGUGUCUGCCGUAUCGACACCCGGACCAGCUGCCGGACGGCCGCCUCACCGUGCAUUGCCGGUACAACACCACCGGUUUCGCCAUGGGGGCUAGAGAUGCCUUCUUUUUCAAGACCCCGUGCCCCCCGGCCCUGACAAAAACGGUCUCCCCUCUUCAGCACGUGAGACUGGGACCGCCCCGCAACCUAUCGCAGCAAGCUGUGGAGGGAGGGGGCGCUGUUCUGAAGUGGCAGGACCCCCCGCACGCCACCCCCUCGCGCCAACGCUCCUCCCUCAGCUACCAAGUCGGCUACAGAAGGCGCGGCGGCCAGGACUGGACGGAAGUGGAGGUUUCAGAGUUGGAGUUAAGGUUCGAGGCUGGGUCUCUGGCGGCAGAUUGUGAAUACGAGGCCAAGGUGAGGGUCAGAGAAGAUAAAGGGCUCUGGAGCGAGUGGAGCCCCCUAGUGGAGUGGAAGACUGAGAAUGUACCUGGUCCUUCCAACCUGCAGUGUGUGUUUGACGGACAGAUGGAGGUGCACUGCAGCUGGGAGGUGAAGAGAGAACUGGCUGAGGUCAUCAUCUACAGGCUGUCAUACCGCCUGAACCAGAGCUUACCUGCUCAGUGGUGUAGUAUGAGCUCUCCUCCCAAUGCUCAGCACUCCAGAGACCCAGUGCUGAGGUUCAGCUGUUCUUUCUUGGUGUCGGACCCAGAGCAGCAGCUUCAAGUGGAGCUCCUCCCCACACACAACACCAGGGAGAUCCUGUCUCACAAACACGUUCAACCUUCUCCACCAGUUCUGGUGGAGGUGACAGAGAGGGGUCAGGACUGGGUGUUGAGCUGGACCCCCCCGGAAUCCUCUUCUCUCCUGUCCAUCUCCUACGAGCUGCGAUACUGGAGCACCAAAAAACAGGAGAGGAUGACGUAUCUCAACUUUACAGAGAGCGCCCGCUCUUUCGUCAUGCACAGGGGGUCCCUGCUCCCCUCCACACAUUACGCGGCUCAGGUUCGAGCCUGGGCCAUCCCCAGGCCCUCUUACGCGGGCCCCCCUUCUGAGUGGACGCAGCAGAUAGAAUGGACCACUCACCCAGGUGGCACUCAGCUGCUACAGUCCCGAACAGCCGUGGCUCAGAGUUCCGAGAGCCGCCCCGCCCACUCUCUCUCUGCAGCCAACGCAAAACCACGCCCACCCUACCACACUCCCUGGUCCAUCUCUACGCUCAUUUACAUCCCCAUUGCUGUGCUUGUGGGCAUAAUCUUCAUUAGCCUGUACUUCACCCUCCCAGCCUGUCGCAGGAGAAUAGUGCUGUGGAAGGUGUCUGUACCAACUCCCAUCAAGAGUAAAGUGCUUGAAGAAAUCAUGAAGAGAACCCCCAGCACCAAGCCGACGCUACAGAAAGAGAUAGAGAAAACCCUCAUCUGCAGUGUGCAAGUCCUGGGAAAAGUCAAUGAGUCCUGUUACUUAGAAGACUGCAGCCAGCCACAGAAGCUGGCCAAAGGCAACAGCCCGGGACCGUGCUGGGAAACAGCCCCCAAAACUGCACUGCUGGGCUCCCCUGGCCCCCCUGACUCCCCUCAAGAGGCCAGUCUGAGCUUCAGCGGGCCCUACAUCCUGUGUCCCGACUGCUCCCUGCCUGAGGCCAGUGAAGCUGAGGGGCAGACCAGCCAGGGCCACUUCCUGUUUGACACGCCCAUCCUCUCCCAGCUCCCACCGCCCUCCCUCUGCCAGUCCAUGGUGGGGUACGUGGGCAUCCCCGCGCCCGAGGACGACCCGUGCAAAGAUUUGGCCCCGGGGUCCUCCCAGGAACUUGGCCCGGUAUGGGACGGGUACGUGGCUGACCCCAACGAACUGAUGGGGGACCCCCGGCCAAAGUCGUCCCCGGGGUUCCCGGACUGUGACCCUCCAGCCUACACCCCCACUCCUGUCCCGUUCCCGGGCGGUCCUGCAGAGUUCGAAGGCCGGGGCGCGGCGUACCCCCCCUCGGGCGUCCCGGGGUACCCUGCGGGGAGGCAGGGGUUGGGGUUGUCAGACAGGCGAUGUGACGUCACUGACUACGUCAGGCUGUCAGAGACAUUGUGAAAUGGAAAGCAGUCGGCGAUACACACUGGAUCAGGAGCAAUGUGAAAGGGAGAAAGAGGAUUAGGGAAGCCAGCAACUGACAAUAAGAGCUGAAAUAAUAGUUAAAUGCAGGCAGGUCCAGAUGUGCUAAGCAGCCGUAACAUAAAGUCCCUCCCCCAGCUGCACAGAAUAACCGCUGAGAGCUGUACAGCACUGCUCUACUGCAGCUGCAUGCUGCUGUACAGCACUGCUCUAAUGCAGCUGCAUGCUGCUGUACAGCACUGCUCUAAUGCAGCUGCAUGGUGCUGUACAGCACUGCUCUAAUGCAGCUGCAUGCUGCUGUACAGCACUGCUCUAAUGCAGCUGCAUGCUGCUGUACAGCACUGCUCUAAUGCAGCUGCAUGGUGCUGUACAGCACUGCUCUAAUGCAGCUGCAUGCUGCUGUACAGCACUGCUCUAAUGCAGCUGCAUGGUGCUGUACAGCACUGCUCUAAUGCAGCUGCAUGCUGCUGUACAGCACUGCUCUAAUGCAGCUGCAUGCUGCUGUACAGCACUGCUCUAAUGCAGCUGCAUGGUGCUGUACAGCACUGCUCUAAUGCAGCUGCAUACUGCUGUACAGCACUGCUCUAAUGCAGCUGCAUGCUGCUGUACAGCACUGCUCUAAUGCAGCUGCAUGCUGCUGUACAGCACUGCUCUACUGCAGCUGCAGCUGCUGUACAUAACGCACUCAGGGGCUGCUGGCCGAUCUGCACACACCGCUGCAGAGCAUCUUCAGAGGUCAUUAGCUGGAGCUUAUCCACAGUCCAUCGCUUACGGGACGCUCCGCACAGAGGGAGCUUCGCAGGGUGUCUGAAUCAGAGCAAUGUAGGGAGAGAGGGAGUAUGGGGAGGGAGAGAGAGGGAGAAGGAGCGACGUGGUAAGAAGGGUGAUUUAGUCCGUUUUCUCAGCAGAGCCCGAGCAGCGUGUGCGGUCUCUCCACAGUCGAGCUGUUUGUCAUAAUUACACAGCCAGGUUCUGCAUUCUGUCCUCGGAAGCUACCUUUCCCAUUUUCCCCCCAAAGUGAAUGUUAAUAUCACAAAAAUAGAUCUGGUACUUUUUUAUUUACAUACACAGCUGUAGUGCAUCUAAGUUAUUGGGUCUGUCAAGCUCUGUUCUGUAGGCGAGUGUAUGACGUGGACGUUUGCUGUCAGGGUCGUUUAUAUCACCCCACAUUACCUUGUUCUUCUGACAUCAUUCUUUUGUUUCCAAAUUUUCAUCUUACAUUGUCUUAUUUUCUUACCAAGGGAAUCAAAAUGUAUCUGUUUUUUGUAUCACUGUGUUGUAAAUAUUUCAAAGGCUCAGCAUAAGAAUGUAAAUAUAUUUUUUUAUUAAUUAUUUAGUGGCUAUUCCAGGUCAUAAAAAUAUGUGAGGAUAGAAGGAAGAAGCAACGAGCUGAUAUGUCUGGUGGGGGCCAGUAGGUGGUGCUGUUUCUCAAAAAUGUUUCACAAUGACUGGCUUUUUAUUGGCCUUAAACUGGGUUUGUCUUCAUUUUGAUGCCCCAAAUGUAGAGGUCUCCCACACCGCCGUCAAGCAGUGUAGCUGUGUAGCAAAGAGCAGUGCUAAUGUCAAAUGAGUGGGAUUUCAGUUUUCUGGAACAAGUGAAAUACAUUCUGUUUAUUCUAAGUGUGUGUGAAAUUGAUGCUGUUGAAAAUAAACUUUUUUUACUCGAUGAA